AUACUUAAAAUCAGAAAAGUCACAGAGGGAUCAUAACUGUCAUUCAUGAACUCCAAGGGGUAGAUUUGUACUUUCAAACGAUUAUAUAAACAAGUCCCCGCUUUCUAUAUUUCCGUAUUACAAAUAACAGAUCUCUCUCUCUCUCUCAUUCUCUGUAAGAAGCGAACGCUCCGAAAUCGGAUCUAACAGAAUCUCGCUAUACAGGAACACGAGAAGAUGGUGAAGAUCUGCUGCAUUGGAGCCGGGUAUGUUGGGGGGCCCACCAUGGCCGUCAUAGCACUCAAGUGCCCGGAUAUCGAAGUGGCAGUCGUUGAUAUUUCUGUUCCUCGCAUCAAUGCGUGGAACAGUGACCAGCUUCCUAUAUACGAACCAGGACUUGAAGAUGUCGUGAAGCAGUGUAGAGGGAGAAACCUCUUCUUCAGCACUGAUGUAGAGAAGCAUGUAUGUGAGGCCGACAUCGUAUUUGUUUCGGUGAACACCCCAACAAAGACACGCGGUCUUGGUGCUGGUAAAGCUGCUGAUCUCACUUACUGGGAAAGUGCUGCUCGGAUGAUCGCUGACGUGUCGAAAUCGGACAAAAUUGUUGUUGAGAAAUCAACUGUUCCCGUCAAAACAGCUGAAGCAAUUGAAAAGAUCUUGACACACAACAGCAAGGGAAUCAACUUCCAGAUUCUUUCGAACCCGGAGUUUCUCGCUGAGGGAACCGCAAUCGAAGAUCUUUUCAAACCCGACAGGGUCCUCAUUGGUGGUAGGGAAACCGAAGGAGGUCAGAAAGCAAUCAAAGCACUGAAAGACGUGUAUGCUCACUGGGUCCCUGAAGAGAAUAUCAUCACAACCAAUUUAUGGUCUGCAGAGCUAUCGAAACUUGCGGCGAACGCCUUCUUGGCACAGAGAAUAUCCUCGGUUAACGCCAUGUCAGCUCUCUGUGAGGCAACGGGUGCAAACGUUACGCAGGUUUCUUAUGCAGUUGGAAAAGAUACCAGAAUUGGUGCAAAAUUUCUAAAUGCCAGUGUGGGGUUCGGCGGUUCUUGCUUCCAGAAGGAUAUUUUGAACUUGGUUUACAUCUGCGAGUGUAACGGCCUCCCUGAAGUCGCUGAAUACUGGAAACAAGUCAUAAAGAUCAACGAUUACCAAAAGACCCGUUUUGUAAACCGGGUUGUAGCCUCUAUGUUUAACACUGUUUCAAACAAGAAAAUCGCGAUCCUUGGAUUUGCCUUCAAGAAGGACACUGGUGACACCCGUGAAACCCCAGCGAUUGACGUUUGCAAGGGUUUGCUAGGUGACAAGGCUCGGUUAAGCAUUUACGAUCCGCAAGUGACUGAGGAUCAAAUCCAAAGAGACCUUUCUAUGAAGAAGUUUGACUGGGACCACCCUCUUCACCUCCAGCCAAUGAGCCCCACCACUGUGAAGCAAGUAGGUGUUGUUUGGGAUGCGUAUGAAGCCACUAAAGAUGCCCAUGGUGUGUGCAUCUUGACCGAGUGGGACGAGUUCAAAACACUAGAUUUCCAGAGGAUAUAUGACAACAUGCAGAAACCUGCUUUUGUGUUUGAUGGUAGGAAUGUUGUUGAUGGUGAGAAACUGAGACAAAUUGGUUUCAUUGUUUACUCGAUUGGUAAGCCAUUGGAUGCUUGGCUCAAGGACAUGCCUGCUUUGGUUUAAGCGAAAAAUCGGCACGUGGUGGAAGUUGGAACCUGAGAGCACUAGACAGUUCAAAAUUUUCACUAUUUUUGGCUGGUCGUUUUUUUUUUCUUAAAUUUGUUCCCUGUAGUGAAAAAAGCAUUUUGUGGGUUUGCCAUAUAUGUUUACAUUCCUCCUAUGUUGUAUUCAUUGAACCUUAAUAUGACCUGUUUUGUUCAAACAUUUGUUUAAAUAGUUCAUGUAAUAUGUCAUUUGGGCAA